AUGCGUAAGCGACCUCCUGGCGUCAGUGCUGAGGCCUUACUUACCGGGCGUAAAGUGGAAUUAUCAGUUUCUGCCGACGAUGACCCUUUUAAAUUGAAGACGGGUGGUCUAGUUGAUAUGAAGGGUGCUUUUCGCAAGCCUUUGGGAGACGAAUUUGAAGACGAAGUUCGCCUUUCGAAAACAUUUGCCGCCGAGACAAACAAACGCGACGAAGAUGCAGACAUGUACGUUUGAUUCCAUUAUUUGGUAUUUUUAUUUUUUUUGGGUAUUAGAUUUUAAUCUGUUGGCAAUCCUCCUUGCCAUUAAGGUUUUGUCUUGCCGUAUGCUUUCUCACCGCCCUUACUAUAGUAAAAAAGCUUUGAUAACCAGACGACAAGCCCUUUCCGUUCCUCAUAUUUUGUCAUCAAUAGGUUUGCUCACCCCUGUGAUGCAAGGGACCAAUCGUUACGUUAAAUUUGCUUGCGUGCCGUUUUUAUGAAUCGUCCAGGCUAUAUACCUAUCACCUCAUCUUGUUAACCUAUAAGUAGGAUGUCAGGACAUAGGUCCAUGCAUAAACCCAAAAAGACCUAUACCGGAACAGAGGCAUUGCCUGUUUUUAUUGGUAAGAUUGUGCCUAUUGCUUGAAGUUGAACGUUUUCCCUUAGCAGACAAUAUGCCAUCUAGCAAACUUUCUCGUAAAAACAAGCAUCAUUUCAACAAAAUCGGCCUUAAAGCUAUCGCUAGUCGAACACGGACGUAAGUUCCAUUGGAAAAUUCUGUUUCGGGGACCCACUAACGAAUUUGACAUACUUUUAAUGCCUAAGCAUCCAUCUGUAAAUUAUGAUGAUGCAGCUCUAGGAAUCUAUUCUUCGUUUGUAAGUCGUUUGAGACCGCAUUUUCCAUAACAACGGGCGCCCCUCAUCCUAACUGCAAUUGCCGUUAACCUUCCUAAUCUCAACAGAUGGACGGUUUUACUUCUUGAUGCCUGCCGGCUGACGUCGCUGGUGCAAUAGUUUUAUGUUUACUAGCGAACUAGUAUCGACGAUAGUGCCCGAAUGCGGAGAGUUUGGGUUUGAUACACCACCCUCGACAAAAUGCUUACUUAUGGUGCCCAUAACUAAGCUGAACUGUUCCACCAGGUACCAACCAUUAGUAUCAGAUGAAGGAAUCUGUUUCUAAUAUCAGAAUUCUGUUAAUCUGCUGUCCCCACUAAAAGGUGAACUUUUUAUCUGUUUAAAUUCUGAGGCCAAGACUAAUUCGAGAAAAUGGAGGUGCCUUGAGUAGGCACUGCUUCUUCUUGCGUUACAGCAACCCAUGUAACGUUUAUACCGGAAUAAUGUGAUGACCAACAUUAAGAAGGGCAAAUCAAACUUUCCUAAUUUGGGGCAAAUCAAUUAGCAGAUUUUGUUGGUGUGCCUUAAAUGACACCACCCAUGUCUGUUGUUCACUUGUAUGCCCUCAUCAUCAGUUAUUCACUAGAGCAAUAAAGGUGCCCAGUCCUGGCUGUAAGAACUGCCUGCUAACCCGUCAUGGUCCGUUCACCUUUGUUGGCGACUAAAAUGAUCUGACAGAGCCAAGUAGCGACCGUGCUGUCAGAUAAUUGUUCGUUUUAGUUUUAUUCGACUCGGCCAUUGUGAAGAACUGUUGGUUUUCGCCGGUGACAAUUGCCUACGUGUAACCAUAACGUCCUUUUACCAUCUGUCUAAAUAUUUGUUAGCGUCGUAUCUCAGCAGUAGCUCUGCAGCCAGACUAACAACAUGCGAAAAAUGGGCGUGUAGUGCCGAACCCCAGACGUCUUUAUUGCUCACAUGCUCACACAUGUUUAAAAGGCGUCACACCAGAUGUGUUAGCAUACGAUCUGGGAAAACUAACACCCAGGCCCUGACAAAGAAAACCCAUACUCUUUUUACAGCCUGAAGUGAAGAGGCCAACAAUGAGUGGCCAUCAUUGGAAGCUACGACCCUCAAAGCACUUGAAAGAAUUAGCACAAUCGUCAGUGGGUGUUGCAGGGGUUGAGUCAUCUAGAGGAUUCUCAAGCGGUCUGCUAAGAUAAAUCAAGAUAGAUUCGCAGUCACUUCUUCCACUUAGUCAGUGGGGUUGACGAUUAAUUCUGUUAGAGAAAGCAGCAAAAGUUAUGGCAACCCUUAUACAUGAAUAUCAAAAGUCGGUGACAUUCAAAAACCGCUAACUUAUCUCACAGAUCGCCUGAACCGCAUAACCUUUGGUCGAGGUGGGGUGCUGGAGUGAGUCUACCAACCAGUGCCUCACCUCGACAGAGAGGUAUUUUCAUGCAAAACCCAGAACGAAUUUCUUGAUGUAGUACCAAGUCACAUAAUAGCCGGCUUCCCGAGAGGGUGGCGCCUCCGCUGCUGCUUAUGUCCUGUGCUCUUGUUCAAUGACCUGAUUAAACAGGCGCACGGAAGUAAGAUCGUUCGUGAUUACUCGUACUACACCAUCACGCUUCUUGUAUUCCAGAAAAAGGACACGGUGGAGCCCGAGAACAGCCGCGGAAUUCCAAAAAGGCCUUUGUUGCCAUUGUUUUCCGACAAUUCCAGGGCAUACGUUAUCUGGGAACAAAUUUAGACCUCAACGUGGAUCUCCCGGCCAACUGCGAACACUAAUAUGGGCCUUCAAAUUCUAUCACGGUUACAAGUAGCGAACAGCCGUCCGCAUAGUUGAUUUCGCCGACACUUUCCAUUCCGCUCAUUGUAAGCUUGUAGAGGAUCGGAGAAUCAACAUCAGUUCCAUAAGAAGCUCGACUGUAGUCCAGACACACCAUAUCUCUGUAUAUAUCUGUCUCCUUGCUUCCAGCCUCCCACAGUGUUCGAUAUCUGCUCAAAUGUUAUUCUGGGAUGACCACCUGUCACAGAUGCCAUUCAGCGGCGUUUUUGGUCAAGCAGCCCAAAGAGCUCUAAGCCGUUUUGCUGACAUAAAUCUUGAUCAUGGACUAAUGCUACCGGACUUUGGAUAUGCUGAUGAGACGGCUCUAUUCUCGAGCUACGACGGUGUACAGAACUGAAUGUCUCAAGCCGAUGGAACCUCCAAAGUAGUUGGUUUACUUAUUAACGCUACAAAAACCUAGGUGUUCCCGAGCUGCAUAGCUGACCUCGGAGAGGCACCUGCUGUGCCGAAUGACUCAUCACGAAGAAGUAGACGAUUUCAUCUGUCCUAAGGUCAGGUUGUGGACAAAUCGAUGCAGUAAAGACAGUAUUGUUACCCGGACCAACGCUGUCUGACAUUUUAUUGUCAGUCUUUUAAGGUGCCUUUCAGGCCCAUCGCGAUAGCUCAAUUACCAAACAUAUCCGUGUGUAUAGAACAUCUAUCCCAUGUACGCUAGUCUAUGUCGGUGAAUUUUAGUCCAUGACAAAGGGAACGCGGGGAAGCUAAAGCCAACCGAUUACCGUUCUUUGAGAGCGAUACUCUGAGCGAUGCGCACGAAUUUCGUUCCAAACAAGGCGACCUGCGCCUGCAUCGAAGACAUCCACGACAAAACAACUUUGAUUUCAAAGAAUAGCCGUUGACUGUCCAGUGAACUUGGUGCCGCGGACCGGAAUCCGAUAUCCUUCCUUCCCAGUGAUCAAUAAGAAGAUUAUCAUGUGUUUACGCAGCUCCGUUAACGUUCGAGACGUCAACAAGAUUACUUGAUUUUCAUUCUCGCCGAUGGAGUAACAAUUGGUUUUAGCCGACCAGAUCGGCUUUCAGAGAUCGCUACUCAUACGGAGGCAUCGUCAAGGACAGGCAGACCAAACAUGCUCGUGGAUGCUCAUUUGCUUGCUUAACAAAGCAACAUAUUUUAUCAUGUUGUUCACCUGACUAUGCUGAGUAACCCAAGCAUACAAGAUUUCCCCAUUAGAUCAUGCAGUGAGUUAUGAAUCUGUCGCAAACUGGCCUUGCCACAUUCUGUCUGAGAAUUUUCUGCACCAUUGUCUCAUAUGUCUAGGUUUGCGGCAUCUAUACACUCAUGUUCUCACUGCGAGACCGUUCCGAUGGAAUCGCCUGUUUCCCGAACGGAAGGAAACCGCGGGUCCUUGACAUAUUUCAUAAGCUUAACAGUAGGAACGUUUACGAUAGACACCACAUUUUUUUACACCGGACUAUAGACAACGUGGGACUCACAAAUAAUGGACGUGUUCACUUACAGUUCGGUCGGUAGAGCACUCGGUGUGCAUUGGCUGGUCGGGAGCUCGAUGCCGUCUGAUAUCAGACGUUUUCUGGCUGUAGAUUCCCUAUUCCCCAUACACGGGCACAAUCUAUAUUCCACAUAACAGGCAAUUUUCUUCACCAAGUUGCGUUUCUAGGGACAAAUAUCGCAUAGUCGACGACUGACGCAGCAGAGCACGCAUCAGUCAACCUACUAGUCAGUUGCAGCAGGUUCAGUAUCCCUCUUCCGUGUCAAAAGAUAGAGUCGGACAUGAGAUCUCGUCCUUACAACCGGCUUUUCUGCUUGUAAUUCUUAUCUCUACUACGUCUUUGCCUCGCUCGCCUCCCUCAGAGUGCGGUUGCCUGAAUCAACAUCAUUUCAGUCACCCCGGUCGUGUCGUAUGUGGCGAUGCACUGCCCUUCCAAAAACCGUCAUCCAAACACCUUUUAUGCAUUUCGUUUUUUUCAGGUUAAAGUAUAUUGAAGACGAAUUGGCUAAACGAAAGGGAAUAACACAGAAGAACGAAGACACUCCCAAGUAAGUUGAAACCCUUUAUCUUGAGAACAUAUCCUUAGAAAUCCCGCGGACAGUCUCUUGGCCGAAAUUCCUGACUAUUUGAAGCCGUCGAUUGGCCAACAAUCCGAGGACAUGCUUUCGAACCAAAUGCUCUGCGGCAUCCCCGAGGUUGACUUGGGUGUUGAGGCAAAAAUGCGAAAUAUCGAAGCAACGGAAGAGGCAAAACAAAGACUCUUGAAAGAGCGAUUUAAUCAGCGACGGCAAAAACAAGCCGAUGACAUUGUCCCAACUAAUAUAUCCGUCAACUUUGUCCAGCACAGUCGAUGGAGUAAGUUUCUUGGGAGACAUCCAAAAUUUAGUAUUGGUCCGCGAUGAAUAACCCUUGCUUAAAUCUUAUUUUCCUUCGGGCAUACCAUUAACAAGACGCCAAAGUUACGUCUCACCUUCUUACCUUGAAGUAAUUGACUCUCCAUCUCCUUUUUCAACAGAUAAUUAUAUUGAUCCCAGCGUACAGCAAGAGUUAGCCGGCCAGUUUCGCGAACUUUCGGAUGCUACUCAGCCCAUCGAGUUGGCAGUCCCUUCACUUGCUGAUCCACCUGCUCUGGAAGGUUAGGAGUUAUUAUUUCUUCGUAACUUAAAGGAGCUGAUAUUCCCGCCUAGUUCCCAUUUCAAAUACCUCGAUGCGACUUGUGUUAGCCACAGUCAUCAUCUUUCUCUUUUCCCAACUUCUUCACUGGUUUUUAAACUCCAGACAAAUUUUAAGGCUUCCUUUCUGUUUUAUUGGCAAGAGGGGUAUGUGUGAUGUGAGUUUCAGUGAUAGCUCAAUUCCACUGAUUUAUGUUUAAACCUCAUGACCAAUCUUGUGCCGCUGUACUAAUUCCAAGGUACUGAAACCGUUUAAAGUGUCCGUUUCCGUCCGUUUUCAGUCGCCAGCGCCGCAAACACAAUCCAGUUUAAGUAUUACGCCUUGCAUUUUACUUUUAUCAGAUGCGGAGGGUAUUGCACUGAGGAGGCUAGUGCUGCGUGGCAGUGACACUCACCGAUCUGGCCCGGCCGCAGAACGGAAGACGGGCGUUACGUUUUGUUCUGGUUUUUCGAGAUGUGGCCCGCGCAAAGUGGCGCAUCGCAUCAAGCCAUGCAACAACACGGACUGCUCACUUCUGACUUGUAUUCCAUCGUCAGCCGGCAAUACGUGAACUAUUAGGCCGUGAAUAUCUGUGAUUUAAACCUUGACCCGUUUGCCAUUGACUUAAAAGUUCUGCCAACUGAGCCACUGGCUCGCACUCUAUGAGGGGUUACGUGAGGGUGAAGUUAACCUGCCUAUCGUAGUUGUGGAACCGAUUGUGAUCGUCCAUUUUCCCCUUGAAGCUCUUUGUAGCCAUGCGGGGAUGAUUAGUCAGUCCCUGUGGAUUGCGUCGCUCCUCAUGCCCAGGUCCAGUCUCGUAAUCAAACAAAACUUUUUCUUCGGUGUUAUUGCAUGCGACGUUUCCUUCUGUAGACGGCUAUGCCUUUCCCAACAAAAGUUCUUGCACAGCAGUUACGUUUAUAUGAUACGUGACAGUUUGACCAUUGCAACCGAUGAUAUCCACCGUGUGCUCCACAGCAACGCGAAACAGGCACAGUGGCUUGCUCAUGAAUCUAUUUAUAGUGAAAGUGGACUUGCGCGGCAUCUACAGCACUCACCUCCGCCUCCCUGGGUCUGGUGUUUUGACAGCCAAGAACACCGGAGGCGGGAGAGGGCGCAGAUGGUUGGCGCGGCCGCAUCCGCACCUAGGCGUACCACCACACCCCUUGGUCCACAGCAAACACUUUACCAGGAUUUUAACCAUAACAGCACCACAGAAAGACGAGGAUGGCUUGGCAGCCAUGCACGCAGAAGCGCAGGUGCAUCUGCUGGUAGGGAAACCCGAUGCCAGAGAACUGUCAGCGCCCACAAGGCUUUGAGGGCCAUGGUUACUGAAUCGUGACAUAGCAUACGCACACAAUUCUCGAAGCCCAGAAGGGUAAGACGCAGCCCUGCACCUAGUCUGGGCCAUCGCCCUUCAAAGGCUGGGUAACCAGUCAAUCAUCGACUGAGAGGCAGUACCCAUAAAGUGUUGUAUAUGACACAUACGGUGGAGAUGGCGAACUCACACAGCCAGUCGGCAGAACAGACGGCCAGAAUUUGGAAGGUCGGCAAUUUGCAGUCCCCGUCGCACAGUGAACGUUUUCUGGUUUAUGCGUUUGUUAUCUUCAUAGUCUUUUCAAUCAAAAAAUAAUUGCUACUUAAUUGUAUUACGACCAAUAGGACGUUUCACUUGGAAAAUCUCAUGCAACUACGUCACGAGUUUGCGUUUUGCUCCUAGGAGCAAUUGAGGGCUUAGGCGGGCUAUUUGUAACAGUAUGUGAACCGACAACGUAUGAAAAUGUAAAACAGACCAAACUUAUUAUUUCGGCCACAGAAAUCAGGGACGAUUAUGUCACCUCAGUUGCAUAAAUUUUCCAGCAGACCAUUUUGAUGGAUCACUAGGAGAACCAACAUUUGAGAAGUAUCCUGAGACAGAAUUAUUCGGCCCAAACAUGGUGCACUGGUGACCUAAUCACCCUUUUGCCGUUUUGGAGAGUUGAACGUGUAUGUUUUUAUGAUUUUUCGGAAAUACGUUUAUUGCUAAACUUUAUACUGAUUACCACUGCUAGGUCUAGUGUGAAGUGUUAACAAAUAAAGUCCAUUUGGACAGAUCGUAACAUCGAUGAGACACGGGGGUUUUGCACCGUCGAGUGAAGUAGACCGAUGUCAGCUUCCUGGAUGCAACUUCUGACCCCAGACUUUUUGUGCUGGAGCUCUGUUAGCCACGAUCCCGGCGUUCAGUUGUAUUUUCCUUUUUUUUUAACUACCACAAUAGUUAGUGACAUACUGGAUGUAGACAGUGCGGCGGCCAGAGCCGUUCGGCUGGGUUGGCCGAAUUCCUUAUGACGUCAAGGUUGUCCAUUACGCCCAUUUCUACGAAAUUCUGCUAAUCUUCCAAUUUUUCAUGUUGUAGCUGAAAGGCGUCGUUUGCAAGCGGAGAAGUCAACCGAUGCACUCGUCUUGCAACGUUUCAAGAACUACAUGCGUGGUCGACGUCCGCGGUGA